AUGACUGACAACAUUGUGGACCAAGGAGGAGAGAACAGGGCCGGGCUGCCAAGGAGCGGCGGGCAGAACGGGGACGGGCUGCAGGGGAGCGGCGGGGCCGGGUUGCUCGAGGGACGGUGGUGCGGGAAGAACGGGGCCGGGCUGCCAAGGAGCGGCGGGCAGAACGGGGACGGGCUGCAGGGGAGCGGCGGGGCCGGGUUGCUCGAGGGACGGUGGUGCAGGAAGAACGGGGCCGGGCUGCUCGAGGGAUGGUGGUGCGGGAAGAACGGGGCCGGGUUGCUCGAAGGACGGUGGUGCGGGAAGAACGGGGCCGGGCUGCUCGAAGGACGGUGGUGCGGGAAGAACGGGGCCAGGCUGCAAAGGAGCGGCGGGCAGAACGGGGCCGGGCUGCAGGGGAGCGGCGGGCAGAACGGGGCCGGGCUGCAGGGGAGCGGUGGGGCCGGGUUGCUCGAAGGACGGUGGUGCGGGAAGAACGGGGCCGAGCUGCAGGGGAGCGGCGGGGCCGGGUUGUUCGAAGGACGGUGGUGCGGGAAGAACGGGGCCAGGCUGCCAAGGAGCGGCGGGCAGAACGGGGACGGGCUGCAGGGGAGCGGCGGGGCCGGGUUGCUCGAGGGACGGUGGUGCAGGAAGAACGGGGCCGGGCUGCUCGAGGGAUGGUGGUGCGGGAAGAACGGGGCCGGGCUGCCAAGGAGCGGCGGGCAGAACGGGGACGGGCUGCAGGGGAGCGGCGGGGCCGGGUUGCUCGAGGGACGGUGGUGCAGGAAGAACGGGGCCGGGCUGCUCGAGGGAUGGUGGUGCGGGAAGAACGGGGCCGAGCUGCAGGGGAGCGGCGGGGCCGGGUUGCUCGAAGGACGGUGGUGCGGGAAGAACGGGGCCGGGCUGCCAAGGAGCGGCGGGCAGAACGGGGACGGGCUGCAGGGGAGCGGCGGGGCCGGGUUGCUCGAGGGACGGUGGUGCAGGAAGAACGGGGCCGGGCUGCUCGAGGGAUGGUGGUGCGGGAAGAACGGGGCCGGGUUGCUCGAAGGACGGUGGUGCGGGAAGAACGGGGCCGGGCUGCUCGAAGGACGGUGGUGCGGGAAGAACGGGGCCGGGCUGCCAAGGAGCGGCGGGCAGAACGGGGACGGGCUGCAGGGGAGCGGCGGGGCCGGGUUGCUCGAGGGACGGUGGUGCAGGAAGAACGGGGCCGGGCUGCUCGAGGGAUGGUGGUGCGGGAAGAACGGGGCCGAGCUGCAGGGGAGCGGCGGGGCCGGGUUGCUCGAAGGACGGUGGUGCGGGAAGAACGGGGCCGGGCUGCCAAGGAGCGGCGGGCAGAACGGGGACGGGCUGCAAAGGAGCGGCGGGCAGAACGGGGCCGGGCUGCAGGGGAGCGGCGGGCAGAACGGGGCCGGGCUGCAGGGGAGCGGCGGGGCCGGGUUGUUCGAAGGACGGUGGUGCGGGAAGAACGGGGCCGGGCUGCUCGAGGGACGGUGGCCCGAAUGA